CUACAGCGACGCCUGGUGUAAACCUUUACUUCCACACAGCACAGUCGCAGCAAUAAACACGUACAGUCAAGCAAAAGAAAGGACUGGGUGAUCGCUUUCUGAUGACGGCUGGGCGUGAUUCGUCGCUGGUGACGCCAGGCGGGAUAACAAAAAAAAAGAACUACAUUUAAGAAUUUAAACAAACUAAACGACAUGGGGGUCUUUAUUUUUUCCCUAUACAUUCAUCAAAUAACCGGUUUACCAAAGCCGAAAAGGCGGGCAGGACGAGUUUAUUCAAAGUGUGGAUAAAUACGGCACAGGUAGAAAAACGAAGUGAAUGUUUUAUUGUGCAUCCUUUUCUGCUUACUUGCUUGCGCUGCGACUGCUGCAAUCUAACCUGAAUUACAACAAACAGUGAGGGAGGGAGCCAGCGAGCGAGCGCGGGGUACAGUGGGUGCAGCGCAGAGGAGGGGAGCCCACUCAAGCGCGUGGGGACUCUGAAUGAGCGCUUAUGCUGGCCACGCUUUCAAAUAGUUUUGAACUUGGUCAUUUCACCUGAAAUUAUCUGUAACGCUCCAGACUGCCUUUCCUGUCAGUAACCAACCAACUGCUUCCCCUAUUGACUGACAUUCUUUCAUCCGCUACCUUGACCCAGAAUGCCAUAGGACGUGUGUAAAUGUGCACUAUGAUGCUGUAAUCAUGUGUCUGUGAUGGAUGUUGAAAAAUUGUAAUGAAUUAGCAGUGAACUGAACAAGUGAAACGCAAAGGAGAAGACUGCAGAAGACAAAUUAAAAUUCAGAUUAUAUUUCCUGAUCUCCAUCAGUGCUCGUAAAAUGGCAAGCAAGAGAAAAUCCACAACACCUUGCAUGGUUCUCCCAAUGCAAACUGAGGAGCAGUACGCAGAUCUGGAGAUGGAGGAAGGGCUUGAGGUACAAACUGAAGUUCCUGUCGAGAAUCCGGUUGCUGUUGCUGCAGAGGGUGUUUCCAGUGAGGAGGACGUGCCUGAAACAGAUAAUCUAUUAGACAUAGAUUCCAAAAGGGUUGAAGGAGGCUACGAGUGUAAAUACUGCAGCUUUCAGACGACAGAUCUCAACAUGUUUACAUUUCACGUUGAUUCUGAGCAUCCAACUGUGGUUUUGAACUCUUCUUAUGUCUGUGUGGAGUGUAACUUUCUGACCAAAAGAUAUGAUGCCCUCUCGGACCACAACCUACGAUACCACAACAAGGAUGACAAUUUCAUGCUGACAAUGGUGAAACGCAACAACCAGACAAUCUUUGAGCAGACGGUCAGUGACCUCACCUUUGAUGGCAAUUUUGUGCAGCAGGAUAAAGAUGCAGUGGGAAUUCCAUUCAGCAAAACGCCAAUCAUGAAAAUGAAGAAUAAAGCCGAGCCUAAGAGGAUUGCUGUGACACCUAAAGCUGCUGAUGACCUAGAAGUCCACGAAGAAAGUGAAAGUGAGCAAAAGCUUAAAGAGAUGCCAGCUGUCGAUACGCCAGAUAUCGAUAUGCCAGCUAUCGAUAUACCUGCUGCAGUUAUGCCCACUCUUGAUAUGCCAGCUGUUAUUACGUCAGCUGUUCUUAAGCCCAAUGUCGAUACACCAGCUGUAUCGACAGUGAGCUUAAGUAUGCCCAGUCCAGUCGAAAUGCCAGUGCCAUCGGCUCCAGAGGAACCUGCAAAGCCAAGCGUUAUCAUCAACCCUCCACCACAGGAUUUAAACAAGACAAUAAUCAGUUCUGCCACAGUUCUCCCUGCAGGGUUGGCCCAGGUUCUGUCUGCUCUGCAGAACCAACAAAGCUCUGGAACUCAAGUCUUGAUCCCUGUCAGCAGUAUUCCAACCUACAAUGGCUGUAUGGACAACAACACUGUGCUGGUUAACACCUACAACAAAUUCCCUUACCCAACACUAUCUGAGAUUGUGGGGCUGUCAUUCCAGACCAAGUACACAGAGGAGCAGAUAAAGAUCUGGUUUUCCGCCCAGCGCCUUAAGCAUGGAGUCAGCUGGACGCCAGAGGAGGUGGAUGAAGCCAGGAGAAAGCAUUUUAAUGGCACAGUGCACACCAUGCCACAGACCAUCACAGUCAUUCCAGCACACCUCUCGGGCACCAGAAAUGGUCUCCAGCCUAUCCUUCAGACGUGCCAAAUAGUAGGUCAGCCAGGCCUUGUUCUGACACAAGUUGGUGGGGCAAACCCCAUGCCAGUAACCACCCCAAUCACUCUGACAGUCGCUGGUGUCAACAAUCAAGUACAGCUGCCAAAACCUGCCACCCAGGUGACCCCAGCCAUUAUGGAAACCAAAAGUGCUCCCACUGUCCAACCUCCUCCACUGACUCCCCAGGAAAACUCUGCCCUUAGCCCUGACUUCUUUGGUCUACGUCCAAAAAAGUCUAAGGAGCAGCUAGCCGAGAUGAAGGCCAGCUACCUGAAGCAACAGCACCCCAGCGACGGGGAAAUCGCCCGGCUCAUGAGAUUGACCAGACUCACAAAGGGAGAGAUCAAGAAGUGGUUCAGCGACACAAGGUACAACCAGCGCAAUUCAAAGAACAACCAUCUUACUGUCUUCAAUGAAAACAACAGCAGCAGCAGCAGCAACAGCACCACCAUAGUGAUCGACUCAAGCGACGAAACUACAGAGUCCCCCAUGUCGGGUCCCAUCAGGGAGCCACGUAAACAGUCUUGGAACCCUUUCCCUGACUUUACCCUACAGAAGUUCAAGGAAAAGACAGUCGAGCAGCUUCAGGUGCUGGAGGAAAGUUUUCAGAACAGCACGACACCCACAGACGAUGAACUGAAUAGGCUGAGAUCAGAGACCAAGCUAACCAGACGAGAGAUUGAUGCUUGGUUCACGGAAAAGAGAAAGGCACCAGAAUCGGGGGAAAAAAAACACGAACGGAUGGAGAGUGAAAUGGCCAAAGUUACUGUCGCUAUCAAAACGGAGACACAGACUCCGUCUUCCAGUGGCAAAGCCAAGUCUGGCAGGGACAAGAUUGGCAAGAAGACCCCAGAGCAACUACAUAUCCUGAAGAGUGCAUUUGUGCGUACACAAUGGCCCUCAUCAGCGGAGUAUGAAAAGCUCUCCGAGGAAAGUGGCCUGCCUAGGGCCUACAUCGUCAGUUGGUUUGGGGACACGAGAUAUGCCUGGAAAAAUAGCAACUUGAAGUGGUAUUAUUACUACCAGAGCGGCAACAUCGGCGCUAUUAACGGUAGUGGAUACAGGAGGAGAGGAAGAGGAAGAUCUAAAGGCAGGGGGCGAGGAAGGCCCAGAGGAAGAACAAGGGCUAUGAAGCGUUCAGCUAGCUGGAGCAGGUCCUCCCCGGUGAUGAAGUUCAAGACGGGAAAAGACAUCCUUAAAGAGUAUUAUUUGAAGCAUAAAUUUCUAAAUGAACAAGACCUGGACGAACUGGUUGCAAAGUCAAACAUGGGCUACGAGCAGGUCCGGGACUGGUUCGCAGAGAUUCGGAGGCGAGAGGACAUGGGUGCAGAUCUGUUUGAUGACAGUGGGGAAAAUGAGGAGCCAGAGGAGGAAUUGCAGGAAGAAAACCAAGUGGCAGUUGGUGGAGGAGAAGGUCAUGGUGCUGGGGGUGGUUUAGAUGACGAUGACGAUGAAACAGAUGAUAGUGACACUUGGGAGCCUCCACGACAUGUCAGACGAAGGCUCUCCAGAUCAGAUGAUUAGCAUGUAACCAGAUGCCAGAAUCACCAUGUUUUAUUUAUGCUGAAGGACAGACAUGGAGGCUGCUGAUGUUUAUUUACAAGACCAGACCUUCAAUUUGUUUGGGUAGCAGAGAAUCACAAUUAACCUGAGAAAUUAUUAUUUUUUAAUGUUCCUUAAACAAUCAAGAGAUGAACUACGUUGCCAAAGUUACACUGCUGCAGUUGUCCGAGUUUCCUGUGCUGUGUACAGUAUGCUGAAGGGUUUAUUAUGUCAACAUGAUGAGGGAGUUUAGUCACUGAGCACAUUUAUUUUUAUUUUUUUCUAUUUAGUGACCACUAGUUUGGUUUUUGUCAAAAAAAAAAAAAAAAGUAACUUUGAUGCUGUAGGGUGGGUAGGCCAACCGCCUGCGUUCUCUGUGUGAUUAAGCUUAUAGUGUUGUGUGACCAAAAGUUUUACAAUGUAAACAUUUCUUAAAAUAUUAAACCAAUAUGUGUGCUUUUCAGAAGGCUCUUUAUUAACCCAGUGAGCGAUGUUCACAAAGUUUUUUUUAUGUUUAAUGUAUUAAAUACAAUUGACAUGAUACUGUUUUAGGCUGUAACCUAGAACAGUUUCAUGAUUUUAAUAGGGUGCAAUCUCUAUUCUUUGCACCAUCUUCAUGUUGGGUGGGGGAGGUUGGUUUCAUUGAGACUUUAUAAGUGCUUUAGGGUGUUAAUCAAUUUUAUUAUUAAUUACUUUAUUGCAUUCUCAGACAAGAAUGGCACAUCUAUCAACUAAAUAACAUCAUCCUCAAAUAUGGUGUAAUCCAAACUUUUUUUUGUAAGGAAAAGCUGCAUUUGGGAGAAGGAGACAAAGCUUUCAAAAAUCUAGAACUGAGACAUACAUUUAGAAAGCUGGUAGAAGAAGAAGUUAAAAGCAAAUAGCUAAUUUGAAUUAUUUUGUGAAGUCCAGAAGUACUGCAAGGGGUUAAUAUGUAGGGGGGGGGGGGGGUAGGUUUAAAGCUUUACUGGUGGUUCUAAAUGUUGUUGUGUUUUUUUUAAUCCUGCAGGGAUGCUUUUCAAUAAAAGUCAGAAGGUUUUAUUUUCUGUAGUACUUGCCUGUUUUUCAUAUUGUUGUCUUGAACAUAAUAAUGUUUGGAUUGUGUUUAGAGUGCACUACUUCUCUUCACAUCAGAGAUUAGAGCACUAUAAUAUACUGUAAUCAUUCAAACAUUUUAUUUCAAUUUGUGAUCCAGUUAGAAUUUGCAGUUGUUUCUAAACGUAUUUAUUAUUUUGUGCUUCAUGUACUGUACAAAAAAUGUAAUAUCAACAUUGUCUGUUUUACAGCAAUAACUGUAAAUUUGUAAUAUUAAAUGGACAAACAAUCUUUGGCAAACCAAAACAAUGGACAGCAGUUUACAAUGAAUACAGCAAGGUCAUGGCUAGUAAGUAAAAUGUGAUAACUUAAAGGUACUUAGGACUUAGGACUACGGUGGCCCAGAAGUGAAAAGAGGUAGCAAAUAUGCGCAGAGAAGUAGCUGCAACCAGGGGCAACAUCAGAGAAAAGGGUAGUGACUUCAAAACAGCUGCAGACACUUCCAAAAACAGGCAUUUUGUCUUUCUGCUUUUUAAAAAAUAUAUUUUCUUUGCAAUUCAAUGUCGCUGACUCGUAAAUAUGGCAGCAUUCACAUCAUUUAUGGCAUAAAAUUGAACUUCCAAUACAAGAUUUUACUUCCGGGUCAUAAAAUGGAACUUCCGGCAGACACUUUCUGAAUAAUGGACCUGCCUGUUUUUGGAUUCGGCUGCAGUUAUUUCGAUGUUGCCGCCCUGUUUCAGUCCCCUGGUUGCAGCUAAGUCUCUAUGUAGAGUUGAGCUUCUGGGCCACUGUAAAGGACACACCUGUGGAUUUCUGUUCAUAUUGUUUGAAUGUUCAAGAGAGAGACCCAGGUUGCAAUAUUAAUAAAGCACGAAAAAAGGCUAUUCUUUUUGUAAAUAAUGAUAUUUUAUGCGGAUGUAUUUGUUCAGUAGUUUGUAUGAAUUUUAUACUUCUUUAUUUGUAACAUUUGUUUGUUGUUUGGUUGUAAAGUAAACCUUAUUACUAGCCAAAGCCCACAUCGUGUUACUGAUGACCAGCGGCAGUUGAUUGCCCUGUCCUUUUUAUACAGUUUUUACUAAAAUCCUUGUUUUUUCUACUGAUCUACCAUGAAUCAAGCCAAACACAUGGAUAAAAAAAGCAUUCUUUGGGUCACUGUGUUGAGUCUCCUUCGUACGUCCAGCUCUUACUAUAUGGACGUUUUGUGACAUUGGUUAACCACUUAACCAGAGGAUACCCAAGCCAAACGGAUGAUUCUACAGAGACGUUAUUCUUAGAAAAUGUAUGUCUGAUUGACGAAGUAUAACUCAACAUAGAAGUACAGUAAAAGCCAUUUUUACACAUUCUGGCUGCUACAGAUGAAUGUGUGAACUUUUAAGGUUUGGCAUACAGUUAAUUAAGAUGACAUUCAGAAAUCUUCAAACAGUGUUGGACUGUCUAUCCUUUCCUUUCUCACGGACUUUCAUUGCAACUAGGUGGCAGCUUAAAAGGGUGAUUUUCCAUGUGUUUGCAAUCAGAAUUAUGCCACAAUUCAAAACUACUAAAGAACAUAUUCUGGUUGCUCCUUGAUGAAUUACAAUCAAAUGUACACUUUUUGUAAUGUGUUACUUUAGCAGUUUCUGAGGAGGAUGGGCAGCGAGUACUUAAAUCAAAGCAAGUAUUAAUGUUUUCUGAAGGGAAUUUUUUUUUGACUGGGUAUUGAAAAGCAGUAACACUGCAAAUGUAUGGACGUCCUUGAUAAGCAAGAAGUAAUUUAGCAUGGAUUAAUAUUUACAAGUUUUCAGAAUGAAUUGUAGUGGACCCUAGCAGUUACUUUGUCAGUGGCCUUGUGCAUUAAAAAGCAGAAGGUAAUAUUGUGAAAGUAAAGUAAAAUAAAUAAAUUAUGUUUUAAAAGCCGCAACUUUGAUUUGAGUUUUAUACUGAUGUGUUUGGACAAAACAUACCUAACAGAUGGAAAAAAAAAAACCAAUAACAGUAGUAUUUUUUUGUAUUAUGAAAAAAAACAACCUAAAAAAAAUGUGUAAAUGGUGGUUUUCAGUGCAACACAUUAAUAUGCCUAAAAUCUAUUUGUUUUUUAAGGUUUUCUAGUUUAGGUAUUGUUUUGCUUUACACACAAUGGGCCCUAUUUACAAAACUGUAAGGAAUGUUUUUAAGGACUGUCUUUAAAAAAAAAAAAAAAAUAGUGCUUUGAAAAUCGACAAUACCAUUUUAACAUUCUAAAGCUUUUGUGUGCAAAACUUGAUUUAAAUUUAAUAGUGGAUAUCUAAACAUUUCUUUUUUUUUUAGAAUCUAUUUUAUUUAUUAUUUUUAUUUUUGCAGGUUGAAUAAACACCAUUACUACAAAACUAAAAAUUGCAGUGUCACAUGCAUUCUUUUGGAGCAUGUACUUUGUUGGGGAAUAAAAUCAAAUACAUUUUCCUGAAUUUCUGGAGAUUUUUAUUAUUAUUAUUUUAUUUUUGUUUAGAGCAGUUGAAAAAUGCAAUAUAGAAUUGUUACUUCUGCUGGGUACAUAUCAUUGUUGGUGUAUUUAUGAUUUGUUAUUUAUGAGCAGAUCUCUGAUGUGCAGUUGGAUUGCUGGGAUAUUUUAACAGUAUUAGAUAUGGAGGUUAUAGGAAUGUGUCUCUGCAUACAGUGCAGCAGGAUUCAGCAGAAGUGUGUCCAUGGACAGGUUACCAUCCUUCCUCAGUCUUAAUCCUUGUUUAAAAACCACAAUAGAAACUGCCUCCAUAAUAAAAAUGUAACCCCACUAUAAUUAGUGGGGGUUAUUUUCAGCUCAGCAUCUUGUCUUUGUACUACAUACAGCUAGUGCAGAUAAAACGUUUUCUGUGUUUCUUUGGGUGUGACAUACAUGCAUAUUACAGAUGGCAGUGAUUGGACUGUAUACUGGUCUCCUUGUUUCAUGUAAUUAAAAUUUAUUUUAAAUAAAUGUCCUGGAAUGGGAAAAAAAAA